AUGCUUAUGAGUAGAGAGCCACAAUUAGUUGAAAAUGUCAAAAAAGUUAUGUUUAUAAGAGGAAGGAAAACAAAUGAUUUAAUAAUGAAUUGUUUGAGAGAUUUGUGUAAAUAUAAAAAACCAGAUGCAAUGAUGUUAUCGAAAAAAAAUGAUAUUGUACCUUUUGACAAUGCUGUACCAAUUGAAGAAUUUUCAAGAAAAUUAAAUAUGCCUCUUUUUGUGUUUGGAUACACCAAUAAAAAAAGACCCAAUAGUAUAAUAUUUGGCAGGACGUAUCAUCAUAACAUAUUAGAUAUGAUUGAACUGGGAAUAGAAAAUUACAAAAGUAUAAAAGAUUUUGCUGCAGAAAAAGUCUUUUCAGGUAGUAAACCCUGCCUCCUAUUUGCCGGAGAAGAAUUUAAAUUAAAUCCCGAUCUGAAUAGACUACAAAAUUUAUUAAUUGAUUUAUUUCAAAGACAAGAAGUUCAAUCGGUUUCUCUUCAAGGUUUAGAACAUGUUAUAAUGUUCACAGCUAGUAAUGGUAAAGUUUACUUUAGAAGUUAUAGAAUUUUACUUAAAAAAUCUGCGAGUAAAUUACCUAGAGUUGAAUUAGAAGAAAUUGGUCCUUCAAUAGAUUUUAAACUUCAAAGAACCAAAUUAGCAUCAUCUGAUUUAUUCAAGAAAGCUUGCAAAAAGCCCAAGGAAUUAAAGGUGAAGAAAGUUAAAAAUGUAUCUGUUGAUGCUUUCGGUACGAAACAUGCACAAAUACAUGUUUCUAAACAAAAUAUUCAUAAACUUCAAACUAAAAAAAUGAAAGCAUUACGAGGAAUGCCGAAAGAAAAAAAAUUGUCAGACAAGAAAACAGGUAAUAUUACUACUGAAUCAAAUAAUCAAUAG